UUACUGACAUUCACUGACGUGACGUUGUUGAAAUCUACAAUCCAACUCGUGCAAAGGACAUUACCUUCCGUCAGACGCUUGACAAAAAUAUUUUUAUCGUUCCAUGGGAAAAUAUUGCCGUUUGUUUCGUUAUACAGUGUCUCAAUUGCGUAUCUCGCGGCGCAAUAAACUCGGUCUUUAGUUAACUAAAUUGUUUAUUUGUAAAGACGCAUUAACAAUGUCUGUAGGUGUAGAGGAGAAAUCUGCUUCGGAAGCGCGUAGUGCUAGUGCGAAUUCGUUGGUGGUACACGGAGAUGAUGAAAACGCGAAGACUUGCUGGGUGUGCUUUGCGACAGAGGCAGACGAUCGGCUGGCGGCGUGGGUUCAACCUUGCAAGUGCAAAGGAACUACGAAAUGGGUUCAUCAGAGCUGCCUCCAGCGGUGGGUUGACGAGAAACAGCGCGGCAACAUCACCAGAAAAGUCCUCUGUCCUCAGUGCAAAGCGGAGUACAUAGUCGUGUUCCCUUCAAUGGGGGCUUUUGUGGCACUAUUAGACGCUAUGGAGGAGAUUACACACAAAAUCUGCCCCUUUAUAGCGGGGGGAGUGUUGUUAGGAUCGAUAUACUGGAUCGCUAUCACUUAUGGAGCCGUCACUGUUAUGCAGGUGGUCGGUCACCGCGAAGGCCUAGAGAUGAUGGAGUCAGCCGACCCCCUAGUCCUGCUGGUGUUGCUGCCGACGAUACCCGUGACGCUGAUCAGCGCCAAGAUGUACAACUGGGAGGACUCUGUUCUCUUGUUCCUGAGGAAGUACUGCGCCAAGAUACCGGCGCUGUCCUACAUACUGCCGUUUGGGAACGUGGAAGGCGACCGAGGGGCCAUCGUUUCCGGCCCAUCGAACCCGGCCAACGCAAAUUCUGGCUCCCACCUUUCCCCCACCAGAAUAUUUUGCUCCGCCCUCCUCUUACCCACCAUUUCCACCAUCAUCGGCAAAAUAUUCUUCCGAUCUAUACACAACAACCUCCACAGAACAAUACUAGGAGGUUUGACUUAUAUAACUAUCAAAGGCGCUCUCAAAAUCUACCACAAACAGAUGUUAUACAUCAGGCACUCUAGCAGAAAAAUCUUAGAUUACACAGAAACGAAUUUAAAACUGUACAGGAUGAUCACAACGGCACCUAGCGGAGACACAGUAUCAACUUCGAGGGACGAGUCAGAACAGGUUAUAUAAAAUAUAAUUUAGUAUAUGAUGAGUUCAUUUAUGAUACCUCUUUUAUAUGGUUUAGAUCUCGGAACCGUAUUUGUAAGUGCGUAGAUUUAUUGAAAAUGUUAAAGCGCCGAGAGUAUAGCGUUUUAUGAGUACUUUUCGUACUAAGUUAUAGACGGUGUUAUCCCCGAUGAACUAGUGUACGCUAGAUCUUUGAUAAUGCUAAGACGAUUAGGUGUCUUGAACACGCAAUAUUUUGUCUAUAUCUUAAACCCAUCUAUGUAGUUUGGGUCGUUUUUGACUCACCAUCGGAGUUUUUAUCGCACAUUUAAACGUUAAGCCCCCUGUUCACGGUAGAUAUAUCUGUACGAUCCGUCGCAACAGUUUAAUCGAAACGACCGAUCGACAGUGUAUGUCAACAUCGUUAACGAUUUACUUGAUCGCAUACGAUAACGCAAAUCGCAACAAAAUCCCGUGCGAUCGAAAGUGUGUGGCUCCUUGCGACCACCGAUUCUAUUUUUGUCUCAUACUUACCUACUGAUUUUAUUAUUCCGUCUCGUGUGAGUAACGGGGGCGGGGUGGGAGGGAUCGUUUACGAUCGCCUGGCGCUUUUGAUGCGACCGAUUGUUCACGAUAUCUGUCCGAUCGGUCGAAGCGAUGAAUCGUACCGUGGAUGUGGGGCUUUAGGAAGGUAUGGAGUCUAUAUUAGUUAUUCAUACUGUAUAUCUCGCUAACGUGAUACCUUGCUAUAAAAACUCCGAUGCCUUUAUUCCUUAUGACUACUCAUAAAGUGAGUUCCAAAUGUUCCAAUUAAAAACUAUUUCUUGGGUCAAAAUUCUUAUAAAUGACGCUAACUACAGGAUUAUUUAGUAACAUAAAACAUAACUAACCCAUGGAGUGACUUUAAUUUUAUACCAAACUUAUAUAAACAAAUAACGUGUUAGUAUGAAGUGGCAAUUCGCUAGCACGGCUGGCGCUGCCCCCAUUUUGUCGGCGUAUCCAUAUUAAAUUGUAGUGUCAAAUUAGUUCCAACGGCCGCCGCUAGCAUUAAUGUUGGACAUGCCCAUAAGAUGACGUGUAGUUAUGGCAUCAGCGCCACUCUGUCAUGCAAGUUGCCAAUAAAAAAAUAUCUUUUUUGUAAUUUUAAGGUUAUCAAGAAUAAUUGUAAAAAGUCAGUUAUAAAGGAUAAAUUGUUGGUUGAUAUAAAUUUUUGAGAGUAAGUGUCUGAAGUGUGGCAUUUUAUAAAUUGUUUAGGCUAGUAGCACAUAUGCGUCUAUAUAAUAAAAACAGACGGACAGACAGACGCACGAGUGAUCCUAUAGGGGUUCCGUUUUUCCAUUUUGAGGUAGGGAACCCUGAAAUUGCUAGAUGUCCAGUUGCUUUUAAUAUGUGGAUGGUAAUUUUGUGCUGUUUGACUCACUUAAGUCGAUAUGCCAAACUAUAGCUAAACAGCUAUAUUUACUAUUUUACUAAAUAUGUAAAAUCUGGUCAGUCACUUAAAAUUGUCGAAGAUCCCUCGACAUGUUUAGCUCCGUAACGAGGAGCAUUUUCAUUGAGCUCGCGCGAUGCAGAUCUUCGACGAUUUUACAUGUAUAAUAUGUAAGUGUCUCACGGUAGUCUUGUUAUUAAAAUUUACGAUUUUGUUUUAAUGUUUUCGAGUUAUCAAAACUUAUUUCAAUAUAAUAAGGUCUACGAUCACUCACUCAUUAAGAAUGUCGUCCAUUGACCCGACUGUUCCUAUCUCUGUCGCACGCGCGUAAUGAUAUUUGUGUCUCUCGCACAGCGGUAUUGGAUAGGAACGUGACAAGACAAUUUCGUUAAUUCGUACAUUGACCAAUGUACGAAUUAACGAAAUUUUUUCGUGCUUUGCAUACUUGCAAGAUUUCGUGAAAAGCAGCCAAAUUUUUGUUACACCUGAAUCGGGAAUUUAUUUGUUCAGCAGCAGCAAACGAUGUGCAGUGCAAUGAAAAUAGAAAUAAAAUAAAAAUAAUGGAACUAGAGAUUUUCCGUACAAUUAUUUUUGCCAUUUUUAAGCGUUUUUUUUUUCAUAAAAAAACUGACAAUUAGAAAGAAUGUGGGCACAUUUCUACCAUUUACGUCGCACAGUAAAUUCUUAUUAACGAUAACCAUGAUUAUUAUUAGACCAAUGUCCAAUGUGUUAGAAUUAUUGCAAUAAACCAAACAUAGAUAUAAAUUAAAUAGAUUGAGACAGGUUAAAUGUUCCGCUUAGAUAUAUAUGGUGAUACAAAGUCCUGGAUAUAUACGAUUGAGUGCCUUGCAAUGAAUCGAAGUAGGGCAGGUUAUGUACAAAAUGUACAUAGUUUAUUACAUAACUAUUUUAUUUGAGAUCUUAUUGUAUGUAAAUUGAUGAUAUUCUACAUGAAAAAUUCAAUAAAUGUUUUUUUCUCUUUUCAAUGAAUUAAAAGUAUUAAAACGCAUUUUGCGGUAACUUUUAGUUACGUAAAUUACUUAAAUGUAAAUUAGAUCGUUUAUACUUUAAAUUGAAUAAAUAUUUUUUCGUUUUAAUUAGAUCUUGAAUGAAAUAGAAAAUAUAGUAAAUAGAUUUUUCAUCUAUUAUUCCAAGCAAAAAUAACUUUGUUUAAUGAUUUACUGCCUAUUAAAUACUUUUUAAUGUGUAAUGUACUUGUAAAUAUUUAAUAGCGUACUUUUCUCUUAUAAUUAUUUCUUAAAUCGAAGACUAUGUUUUUGGGUUUUAUUUCUGUAUAUAAAAUGCUAGUUGGUCAAAAUAUUGAACUUGACAUAUCCCAAAAAUUCAAAUAGAAUCUAAAAUAAAUAUGACCUCCUCUUAGGUGCUAUGUAGCUAGAAAUUGAUAAAAACAUACUGAUGUAGAGACACACAUUUCUGUUUUAUUAAACGUCUAAAAUCAAUUAUAAACUGUAGUAUGUAAUUAUUAGAAACCUGUUAAUACCUACAAUCUUGCCAAUCGGGUAGCUUUUGUAUGAUACGAUAUACUCGGAAGUGAAUUUCCAUGCUUGACACUCUAAGACUUACCAAAAGUUUUGACUGUAUUGUAUGUGUAAACGUUUAUUAGCUAAUUCAGGUUUAAGGGCAUUUUCAGAAUUUGGGACCCCCCAAUUAGCGAAAGUUGUUAAAAAAAUUACUCACUGUCAGUUUUGUGACGAUAAUUAAGCAUGAAAUUUCAAUAAAAGUUUUUGUGUUAAUUACAUAAACUUUAAGCGAGAAUCUACAUUCAUAAUGUGAAAAAAGUAAAUUUUUAGACAGAUUUUAUGCUUCAUUGUCGUCCCAAAACUGACAGAGAGUUAAUUUUUGUUAACAACUUUUGCUAAUUGGAGGGGACCUAAAUUCUAAAAAUGCCCUUAAAAAGAGUUUAUGAAUAACGCCAUAGGAGUAUUGGUGCUUAGAAUUUGACAGCUGAUAAUGAUGGACCUGUACAAGAAAAGGGACAUCGUCGUAUGAGCGCAUUCUAAUAGGUAGUACUGCCGCCAUCAGAAGAAUCUGCGGGCGCAGCACACUAGUGUGAUAAACUUUAUCGCAUUUGUGCGUCCCUAUCGCACUUACAAAUAGUGCAAAAACGGUUUGACGUUAUAACGUUCAUCACUCGAUCGUUCUUGCCUGCCUGAUCGCGCACCUUAUCGCCUUGACAAUAGAGGCGUGUUCACAUAUUAUGAGCACCUCUGGUGGUCCGAUAUAUCUGAUGACGACUGUACAGUCAACCAAUUAGAACCCUAGGCCACUCUACAACCAUGUCAAAAUAAAAAGCAGUAAGAGAUUUCUUACAACCUGAUUUAUAACGUCACUAUGACAUAGUUCUACAGUGACCUAGGGUUCAAAUUGGUUGACUGUACAAGUGACACUGUGACUCAAGAAGUAAGUUCCUUCUAAAAUUGAACAAGCAUGGAAACGUACGAUACAUGUAUGUAAUACUCUUUACCAAAUUACAAGUUAGCUUGUAUCUUGUAGGUGGGUUUUUGUUCUUAUUUGAUGUAACAGUCAAGUCAGUAGAGUAUUUUAAUGCGUUAUAUCUUAAUGAAAUAAUUUAUGAUGCAACUUUCGACCAUUUCACCGCCCGUAGUAAAAGAAGGGGAGUAGAUCAAAUGAAAGAUAUUGUAUCUAAGUGUGUACUAAUUGGUCUCAAAAGUGAUACCUAACAGAUACAAUUGAUUUACUUUCCUAAUUUCACUAUGAUGUUCUUUGUCAUUCAAUGAAAUGUUAAAAAGUGGUUCGAAUCGCCUAGUUUUGCUAGAUUACUUAUAUUAUAAUUUCUAAUGUGACAAGUUUGUAAAUACAACGCUUCUUAUAAUAUUUUGUCUAUUCUGUACAUUUUAAACCAAUUAUAAAUAUUUUAUUGAGUCUCA